GCAGCAGCAACUGGGCAAGUUAUCACUAUCACCCUGUAAAAGUAAAACCCUUUGUGUUAAUUAGGGCAAGUUUAAUUAGGGAAAGGGUGAUAAGUUUUUGGCCUAACUGUAUGCUUAUGUAAAAAAGCUUUCAAUUUUCUGGGAAAGAUUAGACAAUUUUAAUAAUUAAACUCAGAAAAGCAAGGCAAUGGCUUGGGAACCCAUUCUCUGGCUAAUCUUCUUCCUCUUGAACAUCGCCCUUAUCGCCUUGAUUCUCUAUCAGAUUGUAUGUUUAUCGGAUUUGGAGGCGGAUUACAUGAACCCUUAUGAAUCGUCGUCUCGGAUAAACAAUGUGAUUCUCAAAGAGUAUGUGUUGCAAGGUGUAUUCUGCAUUUUGUUUCUUGUGACUGGGCAUUGGUUCUUGUUCCUGCUCACAGUACUUCCCACUUACUAUAAUUUGAAGAAGUUCUUGUCACGGCAGCACCUCAUUGAUGUGACUGAAGUGUUCAGGGCCAUUGAUUUCGAGAAGAAACUUCGGAUUGCCAAGCUGGCGUUCUAUUUAAUUUUUUUCAUCGUCGUCAUAGUCAGAUUUUCCAAUGCGGGGGCAUUUUCUACUGUGCUUUCGGUUCUCAGAUCCAAUAGCAAAGAUUUAGAUGUUCGCUCCUCGGUUCUUGAAUUUUAGAAGCACAACUGUUUAUGCAUAUUCCACCGAGACUUCAAAAAUCUCUCCUUUUUUCUUCCCAUUUCUUGAACCAAACAAACCAUGCUGUUUUUAUAUGACUCUUGGUAACUACAUUGCAUAUCAUGCUAGUGAUCUUUCGUUUUACAAAUACGAUUGGUCCAAAGUUUUCGUGCAUGCUAGUUGCAACCGGGAUUAGAAGCGAUGGGUUUUUGGUAACUUUCUGUAACGAGUGAGUUUGGACUAUAACUCAACCGAUCAUUCAAUGAAAAACAUCUUUGUCUGCUGUAACGCUUUUUCAUCAGUCAAAUGUAAUGUUUAGAAGGGAAUUCUAUGAUUCUCCCGUGAA